UCGCUACGCAGACGCACUAACGGGACUUGAAUGUUGAGCAUUCUGAGCCAAUCAGGUUGGUCCAGCUCACGACUUCCUUAUUUGGAAGGGUAAAGAUGGCGGCUCGGAACGGGAAGAGCGGGCUGUUGGAGAAAUGGCGGAUCGACGAGAAGCCGGUGAAGAUCGAUAAGUGGGACGGAGCCGCGGUAAAGAACUCUCUGGACGAUGCAGCGAAAAAGGUGCUGCUGGAGAAGUACGGCUACGUGGAGAACUUCCAGCUGGUGGACGGCCGUCUGCUGAUCUGCACCAUCUCCUGUCUGUUUGCCAUGCUGGCGCUGGUCUGGGACUACCUGUACCCGUUCCCCGAGUCCAGACCAGUCCUGGCCUGCUGCGUCAUCUCGUACUUCAUCAUGAUGGGCAUCCUGACUCUCUACACGUCAUACAAGGAGAAGAACAUUUUCCUGAUGGCCAUGCAGAAAGACCCGGCCGGGAUGGAUCCGGACCACGUCUGGCAGCUGUCGUCCUCCCUCAAACGGUUCGAUGACCAGUACUCGCUCCGCGUCUUCUUCACCGACGGGAAGACCAGGAACUCGCGUGACGCCGAGUUCACCAGGUCCGUGUCGACGUUCUUCGACGAGUCGGGGACUCUGGUGAUGGACCAUUUUGAGGCCUACGUCUCCAAGCUGCAUGACACGCUGGCCACGGAGAAGAAGACGAAAUGAGGAGGAGCCGCGCGAUCCGGGCCGGCACCGACGCUCUGCUGGUUUCAGUUUGGUCUCCAAAUCAGAUUCAGUUUGAUCGUCAGCUUCCUCCGACCCGAUGAAGCCGACCUGCAGGUUCAGGCAGAAUCUGAAGCCUGGAGUCAAACUGAAACCAACAAACCAGGAGGAAGGAAGACUGAAGCAGAGGAGGAGUUCAUCUUCCUCCUCGCAGCCUGAACUUCCUGUUCUGGUUCUUCAGACUGGAGCAGCUCAUCUGUAGUUUCCUGUUAGAGUAAAUAAAAUCACAACAACAGUUUAAUUUUAGUUUAAGAUGCGUUUCCGUAAAGUGACACGUUUAAUCUCCUGGUCAGAAGAGCCAGUCACAUUGAGGCAUGCACCGGUGGGCGGGGCUACCCACCUGAGCAGGUGGAGAACAUUUUCGCCUCCGAACUGAACCUUUAUUUUAUUCUAAAUGUUUUAUGUUUUGUUGUUUUUCAGUUGGAAUUUGCGGCUUUGUAAGGAAAAUAAACGUGACGUUUAAAGGCU